GCAGUUGGAAACGACGCUCGAUCAGUUUCAGUCGGACUGCCGGUUACGUUUUCAGCUCUCAGCUGAAAACUAACUAUACGACGUAACCUAAAAAUUAUUUCGUGAACAAUCGGGGUAAAAGAAAGGGGUGUGUACCCUUUUAUUUUUCAACUAGUUUCGUGACCAAUAUGAACGUUAUGUGAAUUAUGGAUUAUUCAAUUGGAAUUUCCUGUUAGUUCUUGUGUCUUCUAUAAUCCUGGAAAGUAUACACAACGACAGGCAGUUCCCGAUGACUCUUUCUUGCUAUGAUAUGUUCUGCGUGAAUUUCGCCAAGGCAUUAUGUACUGAAGUAUACGAGAUGCAGAUCAGUGAGGCGGCCGGCGGGGUGCCGGCCCUGGGUGCUGAACCAUGUAGAUUUCCUAAACUAGAAGAAUGCGCCCAUUUUCACUACGAGAGGGUGCAAUUGCCCCAGUUGACCGUCACCCUGCAGACCAACAUGGACCAAUCGCUGCACUCGCAACAUACUAAUGACGAUACCGAUGUCGAGUGGUUUAUGGUGCAGGUUACUUCGGGAGAUGCCUGUUGGAUCAUUCAAAGAAACUUCGAAAAUUUUCGGAUGUUAGAUGAUCAGUUGCAUCAGUGUAUAUUCGACAGGAAGAUUUCUCAGUUGCAAGAUUUGGCCGGUCAGUCUCUCAACGACGAAGAUCUUGAGACAAAACUUAUCGUCUACCUGGAACGUUUCAGUAAAAUAGCCGAUAAUUCGGUAAAUUGUGGUCCUGUGUUAAAUUGGCUUCAAAUGGACAACAAAGGACAUAGAUUGUUGGUGCCGAGCGAGGAAAGUCGAUCGAUCAACACGCCGGCCGUAGCUGCCGCUUACAGUGUGCGUAGAUAUGUCUCGCAGGCUCGAGAUGAAUUGAAUUUAGAAGUAGGUGAUAUGAUUUCCGUCAUUGAUAUGGCCAGUCCAGGAGAAUCGAUGUGGUGGAGAGGAAAGAGGGGAUUCCAAGUGGGAUUUUUUCCGCAACAUUGUGUUCAUAUCAUCGGAGAUAAAGUACCGAGAAAUAUGCCUCUACCGCCACCUGUCGUUGGGUCUUUAGCAUUAACACCGAUUAAACCAGUUUUGAGAAGACACGGUAAACUGAUCACAUUCUUUAGGAGUUUUAUUUUGAACAGGCCAUCGAGGAGGAGAUUGAAACAAUCAGGAAUUUUGAAAGAGAGAGUAUUCGGAUGCGAUCUCGGGGAGCACCUGCUCAAUUCGGGCAAUGACGUACCGAUGGUGUUGAAAUGUUGCGCCGAAUUCAUCGAGAAGCACGGAAUCGUCGAUGGAAUUUACAGAUUAUCCGGAGUUACUUCAAAUAUUCAGAAACUCAGAAAUGCUUUCGAUGAAGACAGAAUACCUAAUUUGUGUACAGAAGAUAUUCUGCAAGAUAUUCACUCGGUUGCAUCUCUUUUGAAAAUGUACUUUAGAGAAUUACCAAAUCCGUUAUGCACUUAUCAAUUGUAUCAAAGUUUCGUAAACGCUGUACAAGGUUGCAACACUGCAAUAAGAAAUUCUGAAUCUGAUCACGAUAGACUGUUGAAGAUGAGAGAAACCGUACAAAAACUUCCUCCGCCACAUUACAGGACUCUGGAGUAUUUGAUGAGGCAUUUGGCAAAAGUAGCCAAGAAUGGAGCGAGCACGGGUAUGACAACUAGAAACGUUGCCAUAGUUUGGGCUCCAAAUCUAUUGAGGUGCGAAGCUUUGGAAGUAGGGGGUGUGGCUGCUCUGCAAGGGGUUGGAGUACAGGCGGUAGUGACGGAAUUUUUGAUCUGUUACACCGAUCUAAUAUUCUGUGAUCAUUUACCUAACUUAGAUCAACCGACUAUGACCAACGAAAGUUUAUUAUCGAAGAAAUGUCGACCUAAUAGUCUAGCAAUUUCGACACCAACAAAAUUGAUAACAUUAGAAGAGGCUAGAAAUAAACAUUUACCGAAUAAAAAUGAAGAUUGUAAUUAUAUCGAAGUAGGUGGAGGACCAAAAAAUCUCCCGAAGAAAUACCAUACUAUUAUAGAAUUACCAUCAGGUGCCAGAAAAAGAGGUCACACUAAACGGUCUCCAUCGGGUUGGAGAAUGUUUUUCUCGAAAUCUAGGAACCAAACUCAAGGAAACGUUUCCAAAAAUCGAAAAGCUUCUACACCAGUUACUAUGAAUGAAAAAUUUGUCACGGAAUCUGACUUGACGGAAAUGAAAAGAAAAUUGAGGUCAGUAAAAUCAGCGGAAAGCUUAACAUCAGGUCAUUCGGAACCGGCUAGCUGCGAAGACAUUUUAGGACCUCUACAUUCCUUACAUAAACCUCCCGGUCACAACAGGUCAGUUUCCCAUGAUUCAUAUUUCGAUACACUCCAAAAUUCACAGAACAAUUCCGAAGGUUCCUUAUUGGAUCUCAGUGAAAUUCAAAUCAACUUCGAAUUAGAGGAAUCAGAAAUGAGAAUAUUUUCAGAAGACGAGAGUCUAGUUAGUUCACCUAGGAUGCAUAAAGAGACACAACGACGUGUCCUAACGCGAGCUAGACCAGAAGAAUAUAAUAGCGCUACUAAUUCGGUGAAUCCCUCGCCUAAAAAACAACCUCGUGUUGUGUUAUCUCCCGAAUCUCAUACGCGGAAACGUACACGAUUAGAAGACCAACUAUCCGAUAUUCAGUACAUCGAUUGUAAUACUCCAGAUAACGUUGUCUCCACUACGGCUGUGAUACACCCAUUUCCGGAGAGUCCCGUUAUCCAAACGAACAAAUUAUUCGAUUCUUAUCAACCUAAAAAUAAAUCUCCAAGAAACUCGGAUAAUUUAGAAAAAUCCGGUAAACGACAAUCUUUAGAUAUAGAAAAUAAUAAAGUAAAAAGUGUCGUUCCCAAAUCGCUCACCGAUUUGGAUCUCACUCAAUCGUAUUUAGGCUCCAACAGUUUAUUAACAACUCCAACGCCCGGUUCACCGGUAUAUAAACAAUUAGGCGAAAGUAGCGCUAAUACAACACCAGCCAUUUCUCCUACUUACGAUAGUUCUUCGGAAAGUACUUUCCAAAAAACUGAACAGAAAUCGCCUACUUCCAAAACUCACAAUUACGAAAAUAUCAAAACUACCAUAAGUAUAACUUACAGAUCGCCGCCGCGUAGUACUCCAGCGUCACCUUUAAAACCGCCAAUCGGUAAUAUAUAUGAAAACGUCAUAUUAAACACAGAAAAAGUUGAUAUACCCACGUCUACAGCCUCACUACCUAUACAAGAAGCCAGUUUAACUGUAAACGGUGAAUAUACAACCGACAGACCUAAAAGUCUUAGCGCUUUAGAAGAUUUAACGUCCGUUAAUGAUUCUACAAUAAAAAAUAAUUUAAGUUCCGGCGCUGUUUGUAAUACCAGCGAACAAUAUUCCCUCGGUAGCUACAACGAUCAAAAAACUUUUAGUUCAAAUCAAUCCAGUACAUCUAAUAUCCAAUAUACGGCUAGUAUCAGCUCUGCUCCUUAUCAUCAUCACGUCGACAAUUCGGAUCGUUUCAGUCACAGCGAUCUAAGUCUAAGCGAGGUAGUGGAAAGUUCCUUAGACAACUUAAGCACUAGUCAGACUUCUCUUAGUUUUCCGGCAAGUCCUUCGAAAAACAGCGCUAGUCCUAAUGUUAGUCCGACGCAGAUCUACGAUUGUUCCUCGCAAGAAAUAUUAACACCUCUCACUCCAACAGAAACAAAAAAUACCAGCGAAGGUCUUAGCAUUGAAAAUUUAGAAAACUUACCUCCGGAAGGUGAGGAAUGUCCAGUAAAUUUAAUCGAAUUCAGUCCUACAGAAAGUAGAUUUAGCAACAACGAUAAAAGAAAAUCAGAUGAAACCGAAUCGAUUGACGAUACAUCUAUUUAUCAACAAGUUAAGUACUUCAGAAGAUCCGUACACGAGGUGAACGCCUUAUUGGACGGGGAAAACGAAAAAAUAGAUGACGAUCAAGAAAAAAACGCAUUAUUAGUAAAAAACGAGUGUCAAGAAGAUACUUACGACUCGUUAGAAUCAGAAAACGUUCAUUUAUAUGAAAAUAUCAAAGGUGAAAGUAUGAGGAGUGUAAAUUUAUAUGAAAACGUAGAGAUCAAGACUGAUAAAGAAGAAAAUGAGGUGAAUGAUUCUGUUUGUACAGUAGAAGAUAAGAAAGAAGAAGUAGAUAUUAGUAGCGCGCCUGGUGAUAAUCCAGUAUUACAUUUAGAAGAAUCUGAUGAUAGUACAAAUAUCUCCAAUUGUCAUAGGUUAAUGAAAUUUUAUGAAAAGGAUAGUCUACCGCCUUGUUUGCGCGCCAGGAAUCUCAAACAUCAAAUAAAAACGCGUUCUUUGGACGAAGAAGCAUUUGAAAAAGAAUUCGGUACGAACCGCGGUCGAAGAACUUCUUUCGAUGAAAGAAUCGGUCAUAGAAACAAUUCGUUGAGCUACAAAACGAAUUCGCUGCCUAAAACGUUGAAUCAACCUAAAUCGUUACCUUUGGACGACGGUAAAGUCGAUUCGUUGCAUUUGGCACAUAGUUCGGAAAAUAUCAACACAAAUUUAAGUGAAGAAGAACAACAGAAGAAGAGAGAAAGGAUAGAGAGGUAUAAGGAAGAGAGAAGGAGAAUUUUACAAGAUAGAUAUAGGUCGGAGUCGUUCAAAGAAGACAAAGAAGUUCUUCUAACCCGUCUACGUAUAUACAAACCCAAAGAAGAAACCAUCGAAAUAUCGAAGAUCGUCGAGGUCGAGCGUCCGCCGCGCCAUCGAAGACGUAGCUCGCGAAGCGAAGACAGCGACGGUCAAGAACCUACCGCCAAGUUAGAAGAAUCUUCCAAACAGGAUAUAGAAAAUAUUAAACCGGUUUCACGGUUGGACAAUUCUUCUAAAAUAACCUCGAGAUUCGAAGAAGACGAAGAAACCGUUAAAGAAAAAUCGGACUCGACGACGUUAGUUGGCGAUAAACCGAAAACGAUGAAGGAAAGUUUGAAAUCUCGAGCGGCGAUAUUCGAACAAAACACACAAAAAAUAUCACCGCCAACUAGUUUAAUUAUACAGAAGAACAGACCGUUGAAACAAACCAAAAAUAUACAAGAUGGUAGAGAAAAAUCCGUAAAUUCUUUAGAGAAUCGUGAAAAGUUAAAUUCCGUAGAAUAUCGGGACAAAUUGUACGGGAGGAUAGAAAAAAAGGAGAGUUUGGAUGAGGAAUUGAAAGAUUUGGAUUUUAUUAGACAUAAAAGAAGAGACGGUGAAAUUUUAAAAGAGAAGAGGCAUACUUUCGAUACUAGGGAAAGGGAAACAGAAGCCGAAAGGUUGAGGAGAAUUAGUUUGGAUAGCAGAAGCCCAAGAAAAGAAAAGGCAUCACCAACGUACUGUAUUAAGGACAUGAAAGCUAUUUUUGAAUCAAAGUCAAAACAGUAACUGUUAAUAAAUUAAUUUAAAAUAAAGUAUUAGAGUUUUUGCAAAUUCUAUAAUGUAGCAAAUUGACCAAAUGUUAUUUACUUUGUAAAAAUGAACUUCACAUUUAAUGUAUAUAUAUUUUUUAGUGUUUUUUAUUUUGUAUGGCCUAGUUGUUUGAUUUGUACGAAAAAUUUUUGUGAUGACGUAUAAAUAAAACAUGGUUUGUUUUAAGAUACUCCAAAAAAGUGUAUAUUUUGUAUCGUUCUUUGAAAAAUUACAUCUUCAACAACUUUACUUUUAAUAGAUUGUUCAUGUUCAAAUGACUCGCCGAUCAUUGUUGUUAUUGUAUAAAGAACUACAAAAUAUACUCUUAUCAUUUUGGUAUUUGGUAUAGAUUAGUCUACAAAUUGUUGUGUACUGCCAAACCAUGCGAGCUUUAGAAAAUCUGUAAAACUUUUAAAGUUUUUUUAAGAAUUUUUUUAUCAAACAUUUUUAAGUAGCGAUCACCGAGAGGCGUAGCUUGCCCUAGAGGUGGACAUUGUAUUAUGAUGUGUUGGGGGGCCCUUCAAUCUAAUUGCAGAGAAGCCCAAAUUUUAAACAAAAAAAAAACAAAAGCGCUGGUAUUAAAUAAUAUUUUUUCUCAAAUUUUUUAAUUAAAUCUAUAGCUGUGGAUAAUAUUUCAUGGUUUUAGGGGGGUCCUGUAAUCACUUAUAAAGUUACUCAACUGAAAACUGAUUUUUAGCAAUAUUAGUUUUUAUAAUAGAAUAAAGUAGGGGCACAAAUGAGAAAUAUCUUUUAAAUAACUUGAUUUUUAUUUAAAUUUUUUAACAAAAAACUUGAUAUUUUGUGACUGGUAUCGCCUAUACUGUUAACAAGGGCUUCCGUUAUAUAUGUACCUCAGUGUACAUUGAUGGUAUUCCCUGUAUAUGAUGUUUUGGCAUAAUUGAAAGUUUAAUUUCACUUUUAAAAUAAAAAAAAAUAGUAGUGCAAACUUAAGUUAGAUAAACUUUACAUUUUGAAAUUAUAUUAAAAUGAAUUUUCAAAAUUAAAAAAAAAUUGUAGUAUAUACUCUAGUUGAUUUCUAAUGAAUUUAUAGAAAUAGUGCACAUUAUAUGUACCUAUCAUCCUCAAAAAGGGCUUAGACUACAUUUCUUUUUAGUUUUUCUAACCCAUUAUACCCCUGACUUGUCUUAAAUAAUUACCCGAUUAAAUUAAUCAUCACCCCACUAUUAUCUAUAAAUAUUUUACAUAAUUCAUCACAUCACUUAAGUAUAAUAAGAACAAAAAUUGAAACAAAUUUAAUUCCAAAGUAACCGAAUAAAAUAUAAGUUGUUAUAUCUAGAAUCAUUUGUGAUAUUCAUGCUACUGAAAACACUGUUUACACUAAAACUAUACCAACACUUACAAUUAGAAUGUCCGAAAUGUGUUUCGAUAACCGAAUUUUCAUCUUCAGAGGUAAAAUUUGGUCUCUGAAGAUAAUAAGUUAUCGAAACCUGCAUUAUGAGUGUUUUGUGGGUACAGAUGAGGUAGGUUUUGGUAAUGAGGCCUAGUUGAAGGAAAUUUGAAAUAAAAUUAAAACUAUGUAUCCAAAUCAAUCAAUUUUCAAAUUAAUUAAAUCUAUGGAAUUAUUAGAAUAAAAAUAUGAUAGUAACUUUUGCUGUAAACGGAGGCAAAAUGAAACAUUAUCAAAAAUUCGAACUUUUUAUACUAAAGUCGGGUUAUAAGGUGUAAGAUUAAUAAAGUCUACGAUUUUAACUCAAAUAAACAAUAUAGGUGACUAAGAUAUUAAACAGGGUGUCCCCAAAUUCGACUGCCAACGCUCUAAGAGAAAUUCCUUUGGUCAAAUUAUAUCUAGGGAUAGGGAACUUAUGUCCAAACGCAUCCUUUUCAAGAUACAGGGUGUUGAAUUUUUAAAAAUAAAAUUAUACAAAAUUUUCUGGAAAACCGUUUUAUUGCAUUAGAAGACUUUUCACUUUUUCAAAGCCUCAUAACCUGUAGAUUUACAAACAGAUAUCAUUUUGUAUGACACAAUUAACCUAUCAGUGUACUUUGAUUCGGAAGAAACUGUUUUUUAUUCUUCUAAAUAAUGAAAAGAUCGGUCUGAAGAAAUGGUUUUCUCGAAAAUUUAGUUAAUUUUAGCGUAGUCAAAUGUUAUUACUUUUUUAGUGAGGAAUGAUUGUAUAAUUCAAAUAUUGAGAAAAAAAAUUACAUUUCAUCAUGUCGCGAAGAAUUCAGGGAUGCAAAAAAAGGUCCUUUAUCCCCUGUUGCACGCCUCUAGAGAAAACCAGAAAUCAUCCAUUCAUGUUAGAAACUGAUAAUCGUCAAACAGUUUCAAUAAGAAUCGAUCGGACGAUUUGAAAUUUAUUGACAGAAUAUCGUUUUAUUUUUAAAACUUGUAACACACUGUAGUUUGGAAAGAAUGCGUUAGCUGACAGUUCCCUAUCCCGAUAUGCAUAAUUUGACCUAAGGAAUUUCCCCUAUAGCGUUGAUAGUCGAAUCAAUACUCUUUUAUUUCCAAAACAGUCUGAUGGUCUUUUUUAAACGGCAACUUUUUUCAUCCAUGUUUUAAAUUCUUUUAGGGUGACCCUUCAAAUCUAUGUAUUCAUAAAUCUACUCAAUCGUUUGAAAGUAUAGUCAGCAAUAAAUUUAUUUAGCUUUCGCGCUCUGGUCGGAUACCUAAACUAAGCUUUUCUCCUAAAUAAAUCUGGAUCUCUUAAAUCAAUCUUUACCAUCAACUUUAGUAGAUUGAUUGAAGCUAUCAUUUUAUUCGUGGUGCGACAGGAGUUCCAAUACCAGUUUCCUGGUCUUCGUUGAAUAUGGAUUCCCGACCUAUUGUUUUUUCUAUCAAACUUCCGGUCUGGAUAUGAUGCCUAAUGGUUUUUCUAGGAACUAUGUACCUUUCAGCAGCUUUAUAUGUGCUUAAUAUUCCUCUUUUUACAGCUUAUACAGUCGACACUAAGUCAAUAACAGACCACAGUGCUCAUUCGGAGGCAUUGUGUUUAUUGUGACUAAAAAGGAACAAUUAGUACACAGUUAAUAUUAUCUGAACCUACCUUAGUUGUAAUAAUCAGUAUACACCGUUUAACGAGUCUUUUUUAUCUCAAACAACUUUGUUGAACCUAAUUUUAGAAUAGUAAAACUUUUUCAAUUUCCGCUUAAGUAAAUAAUGGUUUACAAAAAAUAUGAAAUACUCAAGAAUGUAGCCUAUCGUUAAUAAGAAAAUUUUAAAAUUUAGACUGUUAAAGUUUUCAGUUCUUCACUGUAGCUUUAUAAAUAACAAUAAACAAGAUACAAAAGUUAAUAUUUUAGAGACAAUAAAUGUAUAUUUUCAUUGCGCAGUUAAAUUUUCUUUUAAGUUUUCUAAUAAUUUAUUUUUUUGAAUACUGUAUAUAUAUGUACCUACGCUUUACAUUGAAGAAUAUGGUUAUGUUAAAUAAACUGUAUAAUCCA